AAAGAAAAAGAAAAAGAAAUAGAACAAAAAGAAGAAGUAAAAGCGGAAGAAGAGGAUAAGACUAAGAAGGAGACGCACAUCGUAAGAAGCGGAAGAAUAAGUGAACGGAACGGGGGAAUUAGAAAGAAAAGGAAGUGGAGGAAGCGGAAGUGGGCGGCAGUGAAGGAGGAGGAGGAGGAGGAGGAGGCGGAGGAGGAGGAGGGGGUGGUGGCAAAAGGGCCGAUUUCUUCUCCUCGAAAGUUUACUUCCACCGAUACGUCCUGGAGGCGCCUGUCGUCUUCGCCGGUUCAACCAUAACGCCUCCCGCUUUAAAACGCCCGAGACGGGAUACGGUGGACUCUUCACCGCCACCCGCUCGUACCGCAGCUUCCGGUAAACCCGGACCGUCCGGCAAAUUAGCUUGCACGAUGGACGCGCCACUCUCUCAGAGCAUGGACUCCGUCAACACGGUGGCCACCGGUGAGGACGAGGUGCGCACGUUGUUCGUGAGCGGCUUACCGAUGGACGCCAAGCCUCGAGAACUGUACCUGCUGUUCAGAGCAUACGAGGGUUACGAGGGAUCAUUGCUGAAGGUUACGAGUAAAAAUGGAAAGACGGCGUCGCCUGUUGGCUUCGUGACUUUCCAUACGAGGGCUGGUGCGGAGGCUGCCAAACAAGAUUUACAGCAGGGGGUUAGAUUCGAUCCUGAUAUGCCACAAACCAUACGUUUGGAAUUUGCAAAAAGUAACACAAAGGUUAGCAAACCCAAGCAACCAGCCGCUGCAGCAGCCACCUCGCACCCUGCUCUGAUGCACCCUCUAACUGGACACAUAGGAAGUCCAUUUUUCCCUGGUGGUCCUGAACUAUGGCACCAUCCAUUGACGUAUUCAACGGCAGGAGAAUUACCUGGCGCACUACAACAUGCAACGCUGGUGCAUCCAGCGUUACACCCUCAGGUCCCCGCACCUAUGUCUUUACCCCAUCCAACGACAUUAACAUCAAUACACGCAUCUCUGCCACACUUCUUACCAUCACCGGCAUUGGCAUCACCAGUUGGUUCGCCCUCGUCACAACCAAAUAUUGCAGUUAGCAACGCUCCAUGUUCAACAUUGUUUGUCGCUAAUCUUGGUCAAUUUGUAUCUGAACAAGAGCUCAAGGACAUCUUCAGCAGUUACCAUGGUUUCUCCCGGCUUCGUAUGCACACGAAGGGAGGGUCACCGGUGGCCUUCGUCGAAUAUCAAGACGUACGCUACGCGGCACAGGCGAUGUCCGCUCUCCAGGGGUCCCUUCUCCUCUCCUCCGACCGAGGAGCGAUAAGAAUCGAAUAUGCAAAAUCAAAAAUGGCCGAGGUGGGCUUUACAAAUUUCUGGAUCGAAGGAUCAAAGAGAGAAGAAAACGGGCAACCUUAAGAUCGACAUUAACGGCAUAUAAAGAAGAAAAUAAAGAAAACAAGAAGAAGAAAAGAAAAAUUAAUGCAAGGGGAAAAAAUAUAUGGCAUAUUCUUACGAUGAAGAGGAAAAACCAUGAAAAAAAAAACAUGUGCUGGGUGUUCGUAAUAAAUUGGAAGAUUUCGUUAUGAUGGGAGUGGGAGAUACAACAUCAUUAAUAUUAAAUAAUAAUAACAAACAAAUUAACAAAAAAAAAAAAAACAACGGGAAAAUGCAGCACAAGAAAAUUAAAUAGAACAACGACAAUUAGGGGGAAGGGUGGGAAGGGUGGUAAGGGGGAAUGUUACAUCUGGCGUUCAAAUUUUCCAAUUACAAAUGGAAAAUAAAAAUAGAUAGAAGUGUAUUAAAUCUAUCGUUAAGGGUAAACACACAAAACAUACACACAUACAUACAUAUAAUUCAUAUAUACACGUACACG